GGCACCCUUACUGCCGCGAACUCGUGUCGUCGGGGCACGUUUCUGUGGUUACAGCUGAUCCCAGUCUGAUCGCAGAAUCACUGGGCACGUUGGCGCUGGGGCGUUCCGCUUGCAAAACAAUUCCAGGACCGAGCUUUGUACCGUGAAGGCACUCACUCCCAAGCAGGAACAGCGGAAAAGUGCAGCCCGGAGUUCAAAACCAACCCGCAUUAGCACCGGAUCACCUGACAAAAUGGGAAACGGCUUAGUUAAAUCCAAGCAACUAAAAGAACCAGAAAGUCAUACAGCAAAUAUUUGUGUCAACAGCGUCAAGUUUUUGAGAGACAAUGGCAGUGAUUCAACUAUUAAAGCCACACUAGAAAUCCUGCAAAACAGAUUAUUGGAACUUGAAUUGGAGAAUAAAAACAAAGAUGACCAAUUGCAAGAGAAGGAGUGUAGGAUACAAGAUCUGGAAAAGCAGAUUGUAUGGCAGACCCGAACCAUUGCUGAAAUCACAGAGGAAUUACAAGCCAAAUGUAUUCAACUGAACAAACUGCAGGAUGUAGUCAAAACACAGUGUGGAGUCCUUCUUCAGUCAUCUCCAUCACCACUUAGAACUGCUAACAGAAUUAUGAAUCAGUGCACCGGUUUAUUCAAAGACAUUGGAAGCAGAAGGAAAGGGGCUAAGGAGGGUGUGUCUGCCGAACCUACUAGCAGGACCUAUGACUCCAACAAACUGCCAGAGUUCUCUUUGGAAAGAGCCAGGGUUCGAAAGGAUUCAGGAGUGAAGAAGCUUGUUACCGAUGCCCUCAACAAGAACCAGUUUCUGAAGCGACUGGAGACACAACAGAUCAGAGAUAUGGUGGAAUGUAUGUAUGAGAAAAUCUAUCAACAUGGUGACUAUGUUAUUAAGCAAGGAGAACCUGGCAACCAUCUCUUUGUGUUAGCAGAAGGCAAAUUGGAAGUCCUUCAAAAUAACAAAAUUUUAACAUCUAUCAGUAUAUGGACGGCAUUUGGUGAGCUUGCAAUUUUAUAUAAUUGCACAAGGACAGCAUCUGUGAAAGCUUUAAGCAGAGUCAAAACAUGGGUACUGGACCAAGAUGUUUUCCGGAAUAUUAUGAGAGGAACUGCGCAGGCCAGACAUGAUCAGUACAGAAACUUUCUCAGAAGUGUUUCUCUGCUGAAGAAUCUACCAGAAGAUAAACUGGUGAAGAUAGUAGACUGCUUGGAAGUUGAAUACUAUGAUAAAGGAGAUUACAUUAUCCGGGAAGGUGAAGAGGGUAGUACCUUCUUCAUCUUGGCGAAUGGAAAGGUGAAAGUCACACAGAGCACUGAAUACCAUAUAGAGCCUCAGCUGAUCAAAGUCCUUCAGAGAGGGGAUUACUUUGGAGAAAAAGCUCUAAUCAGUGAUGAUGUGAGGUCAGCUAAUAUAAUUGCUGAUGAAAACAAUGUGGAAUGCCUUGUGAUAGAUAGAGAAACAUUCAAUCAAACGGUCGGAACAUUUGAUGAACUCCAGAACUACCUUCAGGGUUACGUAGCAGAGUUGACUAGAGAUGAUGAGAAAAGACAUGCCAGAAUAUCCACGCAUGUACAAGGGGCAGAAAUCUCUUUGGAGAUGAUUCGGUUGAAGGAGAAAGUUGCCACAUUUUCAUCAACAUCCCCUUUCAGGAACCUUGAGAUCAUCACUACCUUGGGAGUAGGUGGAUUUGGGAGAGUUGAGCUGGUAAAAAUGAAGAAUGAAGAUGUGACCUUUGCUGUGAAAUGCAUUAAGAAAAAGUACAUAGUUGACACAAGACAACAGGAGCACAUACAUUCAGAGAAGAAAAUUCUAGAAGAGGCUUGCUCUCCAUUUAUUGUGAGACUUUUUCGCAGUUUUAAAGACAACAAGUAUGUUUACAUGCUGUUGGAGGCCUGUCUUGGAGGAGAGAUUUGGAGCAUCCUUAGAGAUAGAGGUUGCUUUGAUGAAUUCACGGCAAAGUUUUGUACUUCUUGUGUGACUGAAGCAUUUGAUUACUUGCAUCGUAUUGGAGUCAUCUACAGGGAUCUGAAGCCAGAGAAUCUGAUGCUGGAUAGUGAAGGAUACAUAAAGUUGGUUGACUUUGGAUUUGCUAAGAAGAUUGGCAAAGGUCAAAAAACAUGGACAUUUUGUGGCACUCCUGAAUAUGUAGCACCUGAGAUCAUCCUGAAUAAAGGCCAUGAUUUUGGAGUAGACUUCUGGUCACUGGGAAUUCUGGUUUUUGAACUUCUUACUGGAAGUCCACCAUUUUCUGGCUUCGACCAGAUGAUGACAUACAAUUUGAUUCUCAAGGGAGUAGAAAAACUGGAUUUUCCUAAGAAAAUCACAAAACGUCCUGAAGAAAUGAUUCGUAGGUUGUGCAAGCAAAACCCAACUGAACGCCUGGGAAAUCUGAAAAAUGGAAUCAAUGAUAUAAAAAAACACAGAUGGUUCAGUGGAUUUAACUGGGAAGGAUUGAAAGCCAGAACGUUACCGUCACCUUUAAAAAGAGAGCUUAAAGGUCCCACAGAUUAUAGAUACUUCGACACUUAUCCUCCUGAUAAGGAUAUUCCCCCAGAUGAACUUUCAGGCUGGGACAAGGAUUUCUAAAUCAAUGCCAACUCACGUACUGCAAGAAGACUCCAACUGUUACCCUUACUCAAUGAUCAUACGCAAUCUGAACAAUUUCAUGUUCUAUGGUAUUGACCGAAACUAACCAGCAGGAACAUCUAUACAGAAUAAAGAAUUAACAAUCGAUAUGAUCAAGAAGGAAAGAAAUUACUUGAAAAAUUUUAAGAAAUCAGUAAAAGUUUCUUCUGGUAUUAUCUUAACUAGAAAAACAUUUUCUAUUUAAAUAGUUGCUAUGAGUCAAAACGUGGCUUGUACAAAUAAUCCUUUCGGCUGUAGUAAGAUGGUUGCACUCAGUGGGCAGGAGCAAGUGGGGAUGUUGAAUAGCCAGGAUAAACAGUUGUACAGCUGCAGUCAGUAGCAGUAUUUGUGCUGCAGCCUUUCUUCCCAGUAUGCACAUGCCAAGAUUUCCAAGCCACAACAUCUUUGAUCACACAGAAGUUUUGUUUUUAUAUUAAGACCUCACAGACUUUCUACACAUGAUGCUGAUUUCACCUGCAGAGUAUGUUUUUGGUGAACUGUGUACAAUCAUGUUCCUUCCUGGCUUGGCGAUAAUAUCAUUUCCUGAGAGGUUACCCUGACAAGCCACUUCAGAACCUUGUAUAUUUCAAUUAGAUAACCUCUCAUUGUUCUAAACUCCAGGGAACUUAGGCCCAAUUUAGCAAUUCAUCAUUAGAAUGAUCUUUUCAUCCAAAUGCUAAUCUAGUGAACCUUCUGUGUACUGCCUCCAGUACAAAUACAGGUGUAUCCUUCCUUAAAGACGAAGGCCAAAACUACACACAGUGCUCUAUGUGUGGUCACACCAAUGUGCUGUUAUAUAGAAGGAAGACUUCCAUAUUAUUGUACUCCACGCCCAAUGCAAUAAAGGCAAAUGUGCUAUCUUGUAUCAAAGUUCUUGUAAGGUUCCCUUGAAGUGGUCAUUUUUUUAAGCAGAUCACUAAGUUAGUUGCUUGCAGUUUUAUAACUAGGAGGUUGGUUUUCUAUACUGGAAGACUUAAAAAGGAACAGUCUGGAGACCUCAUGAUGUUGCAGCUUCUGGUUUUAAGGCAUAAAUAUUGCUACCUUUGCUGCUUCUGUUAUUUGUUGUAUUGUUUGCAGACUCAAUGAUUUCUCCCUGGUUCUUGAAAUAAUUUUAAAAAUCUGUACCAGAUGACACAUGACGAGUACUUCUUUUACCCAUCCAGAAUGUUUUGAGAUUAGAAACCAUCGCUACAGAAUUGAGAAUGAAUAAAGGUCAUUCUCAUCUACUCACAAAGUAGCUUCUCUGUAGUUUCCAUUUGCUAAAUUUUGUAUUCAAAAACAGGGAGCCCAUGAUUUCUGGGUUUGUGUAAGAAUAUAAAAAAAAUGGGAACUGUGAAUUCUACAAAUAGGUUUUAUUUGUUAUUUCUUUUUAAGGAAUGCACCUUAAUGGUUUUUCUACUAGAGACUCAAAAUACUUCAAAUUUCAAAGUCUUCUGACUCUAAGCAGCCACCCUAAGUAGCACAUCAGUGUCCACUUACAAUGAAGUUAGUUCUGGAGGAUUCCAAACAGAUUACAGUUCAUGUUAUAAAAGUUAAAUAUAGUAUAUGCCUGUAAUGGACAAAACAAAUUGUCAAGACAUUGUUAAUAAUAGGUUCCAGCAUCUUUCUAAUGUUAGCCUAACUGAACUGUAGUUCCUGAUUAUUUCUCCACCUCCUUUCUUGAAAAAGUGGUGUUACAUUUGUCAAAUUUAAACUGAAUGUAAUCCAGGUGGGUGCAGCUGCCAAGAUCCUGAAAGAAAGAUUUGGCAUUUUUAAAGAUUGUUGCCUCCCCAAUAGAAAAUGGACCAUAGGAACAAUACCUGGAAUCUAAUGGAAUGGAACACAAGGACAUUCCUAAACAUUCUAAUGCUGGUCACAUACCAGAUUUUAUAACAGCAUGGAGCAAGUGACUAUUGAAGAGGUAUCUAUAAUGGUGUAGCUACCUGCUGGGCGCAACAAAAUGGGGUGUCAUUCCUCUGGUGCCACAAACUCAGUGGCGCCCGAACUAAAAGAAUAGCUGGAAAUAUGACCCAUGGAUGUUUGUAACCAAUUGUGAACACCGGUGACUGUGAAUGGAUUAUUGUUUUGACAAAAUAUGGGCCAUAGGCUUUAAUGACUAAGGCUAGACAUGGUAAUCUGAUUGUGGAGAUGGUUUUGUUUUAACUCAGACAGUGUGCUGUACUCUGUCGAUCAGUGCUGGAGGGCAUGGCAUAUGAGAGGUUAGGUCUGCUGAAUGUAAAAAAAAACUAAUUUAUGUCUCAGCCUUAAUUAUUUGAAUAUUUGUUUUGACUUGCUUUCCUACUUUUGUUGCUUUCUAUAGUGUUGCCUGAAGAGGAAAUGGUUGUUUUUAAGUGAUAUAAAUGGUUGUACUUUAUUUUGUAUUGAUUCACCCAUUAUGCUUCAGUUGGUAUAAUAAGGUUCUUCACUUAGAGUCAAUUUACUAGGUUCUAAGAAGGUAAAAGCUGAAAAUGUGUU